CACUUCUGCAUCUUAUCUUAUACAAACAACAAUGCUGCUGCUAUAUAUUCAUCAUAUGGUUUGGUUUGGCUUAGCAUCCAAAAACAACAUUUUCUCAAGUCUUACAAUUUCAAUGGAUCAAUUAUAUGAAGAGGUUGAAGAACCAGUGAGUCCGGCAGGUCAAUAUUUCAACAGUUCUGUGAUAUGUUCGUAUGUUUUUGGCUUUCUUGAAAUAGAAAUUCCAAUUGAUGACUCAAUGACAAUACCUUUGAUUAAGGAUGUCUUCCUCCCCAUCAACCCACGUUUCUCCUCUAUCAUGAUAAGAGACGAAAAUGGUAAAAGGAGAUGGAAAAGGGUAGAAGUGAAGCCUGAAGAGCACGUAAAGAUUCCGAAAUUUCCAGAAUCUGAAUUGUAUGAUCAGUAUUUUGAUGAGUAUGUGACAAGGAUUCUGACUGAAAGAACACCUCAAAACAAACCACUGUGGGAAAUUCAUAUCAUUAAGUAUCCAACCAGCAAAGCUGCAGGCACAGUAAUCUUCAAGCUGCAUCAUGCUCUUGGAGAUGGCUACUCCCUAAUGGGUGCGCUUCUUUCUUGUCUUGAAAGAAUCGAUGACCCUUCUCUUCCACUAACUUUUCCUUCAAGAACAUCAUCAACUUCACAAGCUUCAAAGAAAAACGUGAUUCAGAAGUUACCUUCUUUUGUCUCUUCCUUUUUUAGCUCCAUGUCAGAUUUUGGAUCAAGCUUAGUGAAGACAAGAAUGGUUGUAGAUGACAAAACACCAGUAAGAUCUGGAUAUGAAGGAACUGAGUCCAUGCCUUUUGUCUUGUCAAGCAUAUCACUGUCUCUUGAUCAUAUCAAAGCAAUCAAAACCAAGCUUGGAGUGACGAUAAAUGAUGUGAUUACUGGGAUGAUUUUCUAUGGGAUUCGAUUGUACAUGGAAGAGAUUGAAUACGUGGCUAGAAAAGCAAAAUCGACUGCUGUGGUAAUGCUGAACACAAGAAAUGUUAAAGGGUACCAAUCAGUGAAGGAGAUGCAAAAUUCAAAGGUGAAAGGUUUAUGGGGAAACAAAAUUUCUUUCCUACAAAUACCUAUUCCAAAGCUAAGUCAAUCCAAAAGCUAUAACCCUCUUGAGUUUGUUUGGAAUGCCAGAAAACUUAUAAAGAAGAAGAGACGUUCUUUCAGUGUUUAUCUCAUAGGUUUGCUCUUAGAUUUGGAGAUGAAACUAAAAGGCCCCGAGGUAUGUAGCUGUUUAAAUUUAUAA